UGAAGACAUACUCCGCAUAAUCUCCACUACGAGGAUGGAUUGGUCAAUCUCUGGCCUUACCCCGGGCGAGUGCCCACCCCAAUGCAGAAAUGAUAGGCCAGAUACCCCGGCCGCGUGAGUUUGCGUGGGACUGUCCAAUCCCUUACUCUUCGGUUAGAGUCUGCUGCCUGUAGACAUAUGUGAAUAACGGGUUAUCCGCAUCCUCGUGGUCUAUUUUGGAAACCCUCUCCCUCUGCUACACCCAUUCUCACCCAUUAUAACCCCCCUAAGGGAGCCUUAGUUACAGGAAGCUUGAGCCCUUUACUCAGAAUACACAAAGAUUGAACUCCAACCCUGGCUGUGCCCCUAUCCAGGAGCUUGUCCAACAUGACUGCGUCAAUGGAGAUGCAGAGGCCUCGCCAAAAUGACGACGUCCAAGAUGCCCCUCAGCCGGGAAAGGUGGACGUGGACUUUGUAGAGAGCACGGCAGGAGCCAUACCUACAAGUUAUUCCGAUAUCGUGGAAUCUCGCAUUUCAAAGGCACACAGAGACUACCUGAUGGAGCGUCAUGGCACACUAGAACUCGAUCCCAUCCCUAGCAUGGAUCCAGCGGACCCGUACAACUGGCCGUCCUGGAAGAAACUGGCCAAUUUGGUUUUGGUAGCCAUUCACGCAUGUAUGGGUACCUUUGCUGCUGCUGGUAUCAUUCCUGCUUAUGCAACGAUCGCGGAGGAGUACAAUGUUACGAUCCAGAGAGCGAGUUAUCUGACAUCGCUCCAGAUCGCCAUCUUGGGCGGGGCCCCGCUGUUCUGGAAGCCCAUGUCUAAUCGCUAUGGACGUCGUCCGGUCUUCCUUAUCUCCCUGAUGUGCAGUCUAGUAUGUAAUGUGGGGUGUGCAAAAAGCACAGACUAUGCAUCAACUGCCGCCUGUAGAGCUUUGCAAGCAUUUUUCAUCUCUCCAGCGUCUGCUAUUGGAAGCGCUGUUGUGAUGGAGACCUAUUUUAAGAAAGACCGUGCCAGGUACAUGGGCGUAUGGACCCUGUUGGUUACCUUGGGAAUUCCCCUCGGUCCAUUUAUCUUUGGUUUCGUCGCAUAUCGGGCAGGCUACGUAUGGAUCUACUGGGUCCUGGCAAUAGUCAACGGCGUUCAGUUCGUCUUAUAUCUCUUUCUGGGCCCAGAAACUCGGUAUGUUGGCAGCAAUGUCGACCCCAACCAAGCCGCAUGGAAGAGAGAGUAUCUUUCACUCCGUCGAAUUGACCCGACUCCCUUCUCGUGGUGGGAGUUCGUUAAGCCUCUUACUAUGGUUAUGUAUCCCUCUGUCAUGAUCCCAGCCGCGGCGUACGCAAUGGUCUUCUUGUUGAGCAACGUGUUGGCCACGGUUGAAGUGCCGGAACUGCUCCAGGAAAAGUUCGAGCUGAACACCGAGCAACUCGGUAUGCAGUUCCUGGGUCCCAUUAUCGGCUCCGUCAUUGGCGAGCAAUUAGGAGGCACCCUAUCAGACGUCUGGAUGAACACACGGGCAAAGAAGAUCCAGCGGAAGCCCGAGCCAGAGCACCGCCUAUGGCUCAGCUACAUCGGCUUUAUCUGUUCCAUUGUGGGUCUGAUCGUCUUCCUGGUGUGCACUCAGGAAUCUGCAUCAGGCCACUGGAAUGUAGCACCUAUCAUUGGUAUCGCUAUUGGAGCCGGCGGUAACCAGAUUGUAACCACCGUCCUUGUCACGUACGCCGUGGACUGCUAUCCCACCGAAGCUGCCAGUGUUGGAGUGUGUAUCACGUUCGUUCGACAGAUCUGGGGUUUCUUGGGGCCGUUUUGGUAAGUCGAGAAAGGGUCACGUCAAGCUUUAGGAGUACGAUGGCUAACGAAGCUCAGGUUUCCGCCUAUGUUUGAGACAGUCGGUGUGGCUGCGAGUGCGGGUGUUGGGUGCGCUCUCAUCGUGGGUGUCAGUGUUAUUCCGAUUCUCUGCCUUCACUUCAUGGGUCGGAGGUGGCGUCCAGAUAUCCAUGCAUGAAUCUAAGGAUAGCUUUUUUUCCCUCAAUAGAUGAUUCGGUCAACCGGGUAGAAUGGUGUAUUAGAAUAUAGAAUAGGACUCCUGGGAUGUGAAAUAGGGUGGAACAAGGCUGUAUAUAUGGGUUAGCAGUAGAAUAGAAUAGAAUAACAUUGGCGACAUUCGGAAUAUGAACAAACUGGAGUCAGGAACAUGAUAAACAAAAAAAAAAAGUUCAAAGUCAAGAUACACAAAAGGGAUAAAC